AUGUAGGAUACUUGGUUAACCAAACAAGUAACAAAAUAUAUCGUUAUUAAUGAAAAACUGAGUUGUGAAGCAUUUGGUUGUUUAUAUAAGGGUUUCUACAAAGAGGAUGAAACCAAACUAAUCGCUGUUAAGAUGGUCAAAAUAGCCGUGUUUGGGGAAAAUCCAAAGCUUCUUGAAUUGUUUAAAUAAGAAAUUGCAAUACUUUAAAAAAUCAAUCAUCCAAAUAUUAUAAGAAUGCUUGAUAUCAUUCGUACCAUUAAUUAUGUGUACAUUAUCCUUGAAUAUUGUGCAGACGGUAACCUCAAAAAAUACAUUGCGAAAAAGAAAGAAAAUAGACUUAGUGAAGUUGAAGCAAUACUCUUUCUCAAUCAUAUUGUUGAAGGCUUUAAAGUUUUGUAUUAGAAUAAAAUAAUACAUCGUAAUAUUAAGCCAGGCAACAUAUUGUUACAUUAAGGAAUAGCCAAGAUUACUGAUUUUAGCAUAGCUUGUGUGAUAGAUUCGGAUAUGAAUGCUCCAACAUAACUUACAAAAAUGGGAACACCCCUAUACAUGGCCCCACAAAUUCUAUAAGGAAAGCCAUUUUCAUCGAAAUCAGACAUCUGGUCUUUGGGAGUAACAUUUUAUGAAAUCCUCUAUGGUCGAGUACCUUGGGAAGCCAAAGAUUUUGAAUCAUUUUUUGAAAAUGUCCAAAAAUAACCCAUAUCCUUUCCGAAUAAGCCUGUCAGAUCAAACGGAGUGAAGGAUCUUAUAACGAAAAUGUUACAACUUGAAGAGAGCGAUAGAAUAUCCUGGGAGGAAGUAUUUGAAAGUCAAAUUCUAAGAAAAUAAGAAUAGUUUAUCCAACCAGACUUCAUAAAUUUAUUUUAAGAAAAAGAUGAACUCGGCUAAUCAAUUUUAAUUAAUAAGUGCUAUCUUGAUCAAUAUUUAGUGGCUCGAUAUUUAAUUUAGGAUCAUAUUGUCAUUCUUGAAAAGUAAAAGGAAAUAGCUUUAAAGACUUUUGGUGAAGUUAGAUCCAAAUCAAUAAAUUAUGAAUAAGACGUUAAUAAUGAAAUUCUUUUACGUAAUUAACAAUGUGAAAUUAAAAGAAAAACUGCGAUGCUUAAAUAUUAUAAUUACUUUUUAUUUGAGAGAAAUGUGGCCUUUUUCUUUAAUUUUGUUGUCCAAUAAAUUAUUUAAUUGUAAUAAAAAUUAAAGUUGCCAAAUGAUAAUUAUUAUGGAUUACUUUUUUUUAUUGCUAAAAAUUAGUUAAUCCAUUUAGAAAGAGUGAAUGAAUAAUUUACGAAAAAGGUUCAUGAAAAGUUUAACUAAGAAACAUGGGAAAGAUUUUUAUAAUCUGAAGAAUUUAGGAAAUUAACAUAAUUAAUCUAAAAAGAUUUGAAAUAAUCUUUAGAUUUCUUUUAACAAAUUUCCAAAGCCUUUAAUAAGACUGUAGAUAUUGAACUAUUAAAGGGAUAAAUAUCUAAUAAGACGAAAGAUUUAAUUUUAGAAAUCGAAAAUUUUUAUGACAAUUCAAUUAAAGUUAAUGAAGGCUUUUAUCAUUUAUAUCACGAAAUUAUUGGAGAUAAUAUUAAACAAAUCAUCAAUCUUAAAAGUUAAGAAAUAGAUAUCAAUUUACUCAUAUUAUAUCUUUCAAUUUGUUUAAAUCCUUAUGAAGAAUUCAAAGAGAUUAAUUUUGAUUUCGACAUAUUUUAUGAAUAGACAGUGUAACACAAACUUAAUGAUAUUUAUGGAAGAUUAUAGUAAAAAGGGGUUAAGUUAAUAAUUGUAAUAUGA